AUGGCUAGCAACUUUACCCGCACACUUCACGACCUCGGCUUGGAUGAAUACCGCGAAGAACUUUUAGCUAGAGGCUACUCCAAUUGGGAGCAGUUAAUGACCAUCACUGAACAGGAGCUAUUAGACCUCGAAAUCCGCCCCGGUAGCCGACGAAAACUUCAAAGGGCUAUUGCUCGAUUCUUUCAUUGGCCUGAUAGCCAGCCAUUACCAAGUGCUGCGGAGCUUGAACGUUUUCGCCAGCGAAAGUUCAGCGCACUAACCUCCAGACCUCUCUCCUCUCGGGCACCCGUAGCCUUGCGAAAAUCUAAGCCCACUUCUUCCACCACGGACUAG